AUGGAACGCGAUGUUGUCCAGACUGUGCCGCAACGCCCGCGUGUCAGAGACGGAGAAAGGGUCAUCACCAUGUUCCAGGAAGGCUGCAGGGCUUUCCAGGUCGCCUUCACCAAGAUCAUGGAGAAGAAGCUCGGCGACAACCCAUUGGGUCCAAUUCUGUCAGUGGACAAGAAAUUGGCCGACGCCAAGUUGGCCGAGGAGGCGGACGAGCACAAGUCCAAGGGAGAGGCCCGCAAGGAGAAGCGCAUUGCUGCGCAGAAGGGUCACAAAAUACCUGAGAAUGAUAUUGACAACAAAGAAAAGAUGCUUAUCAAGGUUGCAACCCAAGGAGUUGUCAGGUUGUUCAAUGAGGUGAGCAAGCGACAGACUAGGAAAGGUUUGAAUCCAUCAAGAAGUAAAGAUGUCAAAUGUAUGACCUUUUCCUUUUCAAUGCUAUUCACUUCCUUCAUUGUUUGA